AUGAAUCCCGCACGGAAAGCAAUGAUGGCCGCCCCCGACCUGCCGGCGAGGGACAUCACAUCACCGCGUCGAGAUCAAAGCAGCCGCGUAUCGAAGCCCCCCCGACCGCCAGGCGCAGGAACCAGGGCUCCAGACCAUCGCCAGCGGAACACCCAGAAUCAGAAUUCUCUCGAGGAUGAGCAGACGCGGAAGUGGGUUUCGGAAGAGGACAGCUUCGUAUUGAAGCAGGCAAAGAAGAAGGCCGAUAUUCGGGUGCGCGAAGGACGAGCGAAACCCAUCGACUGGCUGGCUGUCAUCCUACGAGUUAUUGACCCGGACCGCGAUUUGCUGGACGACGAUGAGGAGGAGGUUGAGCAUGACGUGGUCGAUCCGGAGGGAGUGUUCGAAGGUCUCAACGAUGCGCAACUGGGAGAAUUGGAUAAAGAUAUUGCCUCGUACCUGGCCUUGGAGACGAACAAAAAGAACCUUGAUUACUGGAAGACUAUGCAGAUCAUCGGAAAUGACCGUCGCCAAAAACUGAAGCCACUUGCGCCAGAAGAACGUGCGGUCGGUUCUGUCGCAUCCGACGUCGACAAACUUUUGGGACCCAAGACAUAUGAGCAGCUGGAGGCGUUGGAGAUACAGAUCAGAGCAAAGUUGCGGUCAAACGAGCCUAUUGAUACGGACUACUGGGAGCAGUUGUUGCGCAGCCUCCUCAUCUGGAAAGCCAAGGCGAAACUCAAAAAGGUCUACCAAUCAGUCCUCGACAGCCGCCUGGAGAAGCUGCGCAAGGAACAACAAGAGGAUGCGGAGGGCGUGCGUACCAAGAUGCAGCAGCUUCUGGCGGGCCCCAUUGCUGUCGUCGAAGAAAGUACCGGAGAUCCAGAACCAAGCACGGAUGUCUUACAUGUUGUCCGACGACAACCACCCUUCUCGUAUUCUCAAAUGUAUGAUCCGGAGCCCCUCUUGAAACUCCACUCGGAAGACAAGUCGAGUGAGGUUCUAGACGAGUCGGUGUUCCUGCAAAAGAUUGUCGCGGAACGCCGCAAAGUACUGAAGCUUGGUUAUGUUCCGUUGAGGCAAGCAACUACUGAAAAAGGUGCAAGCUCAAGCAGCAAAGCAAUCAGUAGUACCGCGACCGUCGGAAUCCAUCCUCCAGGUACACAACGAUUCUCGACCGCUGUCAAUGAUGACUUCUCCCAAGCCACAAAGGCCUUGUACGAGAGAGAAGUUGCUCGAGGCGUUGACGAGGACGAAGAAAUCUUCACGGGAGAAGAGUCCGUCGCAACGACUGCGAAGCCACUGUGGGCAGACAAAUACCGACCAAGAAAACCUCGAUAUUUCAACCGUGUGCAGAUGGGGUACGAAUGGAACAAAUACAAUCAAACUCACUACGACCACGACAAUCCGCCACCGAAAGUUGUUCAGGGAUACAAAUUCAACAUCUUCUACCCGGACCUCAUCGACAAGGCCAAAGCUCCAACUUUCAAGAUCUUCCGAGAGCACGGCCGGAAAAGGGGAGAAUCCUUCGCUCCAGCUGGUGAGGAAGAUACCUGUCUCAUUCGAUUCAUUGCCGGACCGCCCUACGAGGACAUUGCGUUUAGGAUCAUCGACCGAGAGUGGGACUUCAGUGCAAAGAGGGACCGUGGUUUCCGCUCUAGCUUUGAUAAGGGCAUUCUUCAACUACACUUCCAGUACAAGAAGGUUUACUACCGAAAGUGA